UAACGUUUGGCUGUAUUUAAACGAUAACCAAGUACUGGAACUUAUUCAUUAAUAAACUUUGCUCCAGCGAUCCACUUCACCGGCUACAAAUCACCAAAGUAAAAGAAAAUGAAUUAUAAUUGGGUUCGAUCAAACGCAUGCUCGGUUCUACCACCAAAUGCUGUCGUUGCCGGCAAUGAUAUCGAUGGAGACACGAUAUUGGUGGGUCGUGCAUUCCACGAAGGUGAUAUGAUACCCGCUAAGGUUAUGCUUUGUAAAAGAGUUGCCUACGUCCCAUAUGGAGGAGCCGAAAUAGCAAAGCAUGAUUUUGAAGUUUUGGUUGGAAUUGGAUUUACAUGGGUACAAUCAAGUAGUGGACAUGUUCCUGUGGGUGCAGUGUGCGCGGGCAAUCAAAGCGAUGGCGAAAAAUUGUUCGUUGGCCGAGCACAUUUUGAAGGGUCCUUGACAACGGGCAAAGUUCAUCCAUCCCACAACUGUAUCUAUGUUUCAUUCGAUGGGAAAGAGCACUGCGUUCGUCAGUACGAAGUGUUGAUUCAACAACGAACUACUUGGGUGCCAUCAACGAACCAUUCCCAAUUGCCAGCAGGUGCAAUUUUAGCUGGUCAUGACCAAGAUGGAUCACCACUUUACGUCGGCCGAGCAUGGCACGGUGGAGAUCAGAUUCCAGCCAAAGUGAUUCCCUCCAAACAUGCUUGCUACGUUGCGUAUGGAGGACAAGAGAUUUUGAAGGAUUCAUUCGAAGUUUUGUGCCACGGUAACGUCUCUUGGGUCAAAAUGAAUCCACAAUCACGGUCUGUACCUCCAAUGUCCGUUACUGCCGGUGUUACUUCCGAAGGUGAACCAUUGUACAUCGGUCGAGCUCAUCACGAUGGCAGUUUAACGGUUGGCAAAGUGCAAAUUUCUCAUGGAGCUUUGUACAUUCCGUUCGGUGGUCAGGAAGUGCCCAUUCAUUCCGAAAUCGAGGUUCUAGUUGAACACUAUUGAGCAAUUGAAUCGAUUUAUCUUUUAUUCAAACCAUUUUCUACCUCGAUUUUAAAAACCAAUGCUGUUCAACUAAAGCUGUCUUUGUAAAACCCAAACCGUCAACUGAAAUAAAUGGAAGAUAUUUCGAAACUUA